AAGACAUAGUAACUAUGCUGUGUUUAACUGAAUCUGGAGAACACCUUAGGAGUCACACGAAAUCUUCCUCAAAUUCCAGAUUAAAGCAUUGUCAUAGGACUGUGGCUUCAUCAGACAAUGUCCAAACAAACUAUAGGAUGUAUAUUGCAUAUCUUCUCAUUCUGCUUAUUCUGACCCCAAGAGUGGACUCUUCCUGGUGGUACAUUGGUGCACUUGGAGCACGCGUAAUAUGUGAUAACAUUCCAGGACUUGUGAACAAACAGAGGCAACUGUGUCAAAAGCACCCUGACAUUAUGCAAGCCAUUGGCGAGGGAGCCAAGGAGUGGAUCAGAGAGUGCCAGCAUCAGUUCAGACAUCAUCGCUGGAAUUGCAGCACCCUGGACAGAGACCACACAGUCUUUGGGAGAGUCAUGCUAAGAAGUAGUCGAGAAGCAGCAUUUGUCUAUGCCAUUUCCUAUGCUGGUGUGGUUUUUGCCAUCACUAGAGCUUGCAGCCAAGGUGAACUAAAGUCCUGCAGCUGUGACCCAAAAAAAAGGGGUCGAUCCAAGGACAAGAAAGGAGACUUUGACUGGGGAGGAUGUAGUGACAACAUCGAUUUUGGGAUUGAAUUUGCCAAGGACUUUGUUGAUGCCAAGGAAAGAAGAGUAAGGGAUGCUCGAGCCUUGAUGAACUUGCACAAUAACCGUGUUGGAAGGAUGGCAGUAAAACGUUUUAUGAAGCUUGAAUGUAAGUGCCAUGGGGUCAGUGGGUCAUGCACAUUAAGGACUUGUUGGCGAGCCAUGUCAGAUUUUCGAAAAACAGGGGACUAUCUCAGGAGGAAAUACAACGGGGCAAUCCAGGUCACCAUGAAUCAAGAUGGUACUAGCUUCACAGUAGCCAAUCAAGACUUCAGAAAACCCACAAGAAAGGACCUUGUCUACUUUGAGAAUUCUCCUGAUUACUGUGUGAUGGACAAGUCUGCAGGUUCAUUGGGCACUGCAGGAAGAGUAUGUGACAAAGUCUCCCGAGGGACUGACGGCUGUGAAGUGAUGUGCUGUGGUAGAGGCUAUGACACCACUCGUGUCACCCGAACCACCAAAUGCGAGUGUAAAUUCCACUGGUGUUGUGCAGUGCGGUGUAAGGAAUGUGAAGAGACAGUCGAUGUGCAUACAUGUAAGGCUCCAAAAAGGGCAGAAUGGCUGGAUCAGACUUGAAUGGAACAGAGGUCUACACUUUGGACAAAGAGUCACAGGCCCCGUAAGAUUCUGGGUAUAAGUGUAGAUCAGUUGCAUGGCUUCUUAUUUAAGUAAUUCUGCAAGGCACUAAAGACAAGACUACACUUCCCAGGAUGCAAUGCGGACCCUCUGACAAAGGCUAUAAAAGAACCAGCCCUUUCUGUAAGAGAAGUUUGCAAUAAAAUAAGUGGUUUUCUAACUGCGAUCUCUGAUCUAGUGGUAUACAACAGACCACCGCUUAACAGCUUUUUUUUCUGCUGUGUGGCUUUAUAUCAUUAAUGGAGACUGAUCCUUAUAUGCAAAUGCUUUUUGUCAAUAUGCAACAAAUAUGCUGAGGAGAAAAGGAGAAUACAUGGACUGUAACCAGAUUUUUUCCUGUAGAUGCUUUUAAACUGUUAAAUAUUAGUGAACCCCUGCAGUAAUAGCCUGAUUAAUGCUACAAAUGCACGGGGCAUUUUUCCACUUACAGAAACAAGAAAAUGGUUCACUGGAAAGGAUACAGGCGUGCUUCUUCGGCACACUAUCAUUUCAUGCUUAGAUUUUUUUGGUGUUUG